GCAGCGCGCGCGAGUCCUCGCUGCGUGACGUCACCGCGCCAGCUGCGUCGUGAACGCGUACUCUCCCUAACAAGGAAGUCGUCGGUUUGUUUUGACGGAAUAAGAUGCUUCAGCUAUGCUUCGGAUAAAGGCAGCAACAAGUGGUCUGAAGAGGUGAACCCAGAGCAGCUUCCUGCGCCCGAGCCAGCCAGAGCCAUGGUGAGCUGCUGCCCCCGCCCCAGGCUCUGCUCCCGCUCCUCGGCCUACACGCUCGCUCUCGGCCUGGGCUUCGUUACCUUGGGGACGAGUCGCAUUGUGCUGCUCAAGUUCUCAGCAAACGCCGAAAACAAGUAUGACUUCCUCCCUGCAUCUGUGAACCUGCUUGCUGAAGCUCUGAAGCUGCUCUUCUGUCUGGUUAUGUCAGUCAGAGUGAUAGUCAGAGAGGGACGAUCAUGCAGAGAUCUGGGCUGCGCCUCCAGCUCCUCCUUCCUGAUCUCCCUGAAGUGGGCCGUUCCGGCGUUCCUCUACUUUCUGGACAACCUCAUCAUCUUCUAUGUGAUGACCUACCUGCAGCCGGCCAUGGCAGUGCUGUUCUCCAACUUUGUCAUCCUGACCACAGCUGUUCUCUUUAGACUUGUUUUAAAGAGACGCCUGUCCUGGGUUCAGUGGGCUUCUUUAGUUAUCCUCUUCCUGGCCAUCGUCUCCUUGACAACGGGAUCAGGGGGCAGCCAGAGCUCCAUAGCAGUGCCAGCCCUUCACUCAAACCCGCUCUCCACCCCGUCCAACUCCUGCAUCCUCUACACCCAGCUCCUGGAGCAGAUGAAAAACAGCAGCGCCUCCAAGUCGUGGACGUCGUCUCUGCCCGGUCAGGCCUGGAGGGACCGGAUGGUGGAGAAGCUGCAGACUUUGGGCGUGGGUCACGUCCUGCUGCUGCUGCAGUGCUUCAUUUCCGCCAUGGCCAACAUCUACAACGAGAAGAUCCUGAAAGAGGGAGACCAGCUCACAGAGAGCAUCUUCAUUCAGAACAGCAAACUGUAUGUGUUUGGUGUGGUGUUCAACGCUCUGACUCUGGGGCUCAGCAGCGAGGCGAGAGGACUCACCAUCCACUGUGGCCUCCUCCACGGACACAACGUCUACUCACUGGCCCUGGUGCUGGUCACUGCCGCUCUGGGCUUGUCUGUCGCCUUCAUCCUGAAGUUCAGAGACAACAUGUUCCACGUGCUGACAGGCCAGAUCACCACCGUUCUGGUCACCGGCUUCUCCCUCUUCCUGUUCGACUUCCGGCCGUCGCUGGACUUCUUCCUGCAGGCGCCCAUGGUCCUGCUGUCCAUCUUCAUCUACAACGCCAGCCGGCCCAGAGACCCCGAGUACAGCCUGCAGCAGGAGAAGCUGCGGGUCAUCAACGGAGAGGUGUUCGAGAGGUCCAGAGGGGACGGCGAGGAGCUGGAGCUCCUCACCAAAACCAACACCGACAGCGAGUCUGAUGAAGAGUCUCUGUAAAUUCUCGAGUUCGGAGGAUAAACCGCUGCUAAAGCUGCUCUACUCAGAAGUCUGAACCUCGUCACCCGGCAGGAUCUCUGUCUGUUACAUUUGAACUGAAUAACGGUGAAAAACGGCGCUGAGCGUGAGGUUCUAAUUCACAUUCUGAAACGUGCCUGUUUGUACAUGAAUGCUGCUGUUUAAUGUUGUGACACAGGAGUGAGACUUAAAAAACAAAUUGAACAGCACUUAAGGAUCAUUAACAGGUUUUCUUUGUAAAUAUUCCUGUAAUGCCUCCAGCUGUUGAGCCAAUCAUGAGCUGGGAUUGAGAUCCUAUAAGACUUUGGACUUUUGACAUUUGGAAAAGUUAUUUAAUGAUCUAUGGUUUAAUCCUGUGAUGUACAUUGUAGGUUUUAAUCAGUUCAUGCUGAGUCGAGUCAUUGGUGGCUCUGUAGGGAUUCAUAAAAAGGAAAAAAAAGGGAAGUGAAAAACAGGAAGCAAUGGAACAAAGUUCUACAUUUUUCAUCAGAUGGCCAUCUUGCUUUGUUUGCCGGCCUAAUGAAACCACGCGUUACGUGGGUCUAAAUGUGAAGAAGUGAAGGGGACUUGGUGGAACAUCAAGUUUGUCCCACUUUUUACAUUUUCUGUCUUGAAUUUUCUGAAUAAUCAGCGUGUAUAUUGGGAUCAAAGGUGUGGAAUUUGGAUUUCUGCUGCAUCAGGAUGGGGCCCCUUACUGUUCCCGCGAUGUCACCACAUGAUUAAGAAUCAACUACUUGGAAAUUCUAUUUUAUUGUGCUAUGAGCCCAAAUGUUCAAAUUCUUUGGCAGUUUAAUUAGAAAUUAAGGACAAGCUGCCAAUUUCAUUUUUUCCCAGUAUUUGUUAUGCUGAAAGCGAGUGAAUCUUUAACAGUGCAGACAUUAGAGAGUACAAUGAGUUGGACACAAAAACCUCAUUUACCAAUAAAAGCACAAAAACGUUCCUGUUCCCCAAAAUUCCUUGACGUGAAAAAUGAAGCAAAAGCGUUUCAGUUCAUCAAAUUUCUGUGUGCUCACAUGUGGAGCAGAACUCUGCGUUUACAUUUUAUGUAUAUCUGAUCUGAGAGCGUUCAAUGAAUCGGCUUCAAAUCUGCUGCAGCUUGACCAUUAAUGUUCAUUUGGUGGAUUAAACUGCGAAAUUCUAUAAAAUUGAUCUUUCUCUUAAUAUCGUUGAUGCCUUUGAAAUAUGUAUGUCAUUUAUUGUGAAAUGAUUUUUUUUGUUAAAAGAAACUUGCUGAAGCGCAGUGGAAUUUUUGUGUUAAUUCUUUGUUUUAAAGAAAAAAAAAUCAGUUUUAUGUUUGAAGAACAAACAAAACAAUCUUUUCAACAUGGGUUCAUAAUUAGAUAAAUUAUUUUAAGCAUUUUACUUUGCUCACAGCUUUAGAACAUGUCGUCUUUCAGAUUUUCCCAUUGGCGCCUUACCAAAUCAAGCCAGUAGGGGGUGGUACUCCUUAAGACGUUGCUGUGUGCACAGCUCACCCAGAAAAGCUUCAGUAAUUCAUGAUCAUGAUUCAUCACUUUAUAAAUUGUGAGCUAAAAUUACAGUCAAUAAAUGAUUAAGUUUCAUGUC